AUGUUAGGUAUGCUGUAAAUUUAAAACCAAAAAUAAUAAUAUAAAUAGAAAAAGCACCUUUAAUAUGCCCAUAAAAUAAUAAGACGCGUUUCGUGUUGGUUUGGAUUGCAAAAUCGAUUUAGGGUUCCGGCGAGAGAGAGAGAGAGAUGGGUGGCGGAAAUGCGCAGAAGUCGAAGACGGCCCGUGAAAGAAAUCUGGAGAAAGCUAAAGCUGCUUCCAAAGGCAGUCAACUUGAAGCCAACAAGAAAGCUAUGAACAUCCAGUGCAAGGUAUGCAUGCAAACCUUCAUAUGCACAACAUCAGAGGUGAAAUGCAGGGAACAUGCUGAAGCAAAACACCCUAAAGCUGAUGUCUACACUUGCUUCCCUCAUCUCAAGAAGUGAUCGGAGACGACUAUGUGACAUGCGUCUUCUUUAAACAAAUGGUUUGUGGAAUAUGUUUAUAAUAUUUUCGUGUUUUUAUUUAACUUCUCUUUCUCUUUCCGGCUUAUGUUUAAGAUGUUUGGUAAUGAAUGACUCCUGGUUGCAAUAAUAUAUAAGAUUGUGUCGUAUGUGACUGUAUGCA